AUGUGUUUCUUCCCUCAAGUCACACAUGCCUGCGGCCAUACGACCUUAGUCACCCAUCCAAAAGCCAUCCGAUUGUGCCCUUACGCCCUGCGGUUUUGUACGCAGGACCUCGACCGCGCCCCACCUUGCUGCACACCCCUUGGUCCUCAUGGCCGCGAUGAUCUAUACAACAAGGACAUCAUUUUUGCUAUAAUCGAGGAUAGUUCACAGUGCGCAGGUUGCCACGCCACUGAGUCAACGCCAGCUCGUGCUGUUCGUGUUGCUCAGUCGAACCAGUCAUGGGAGACCGAGGAGCUUCAGGGCCUCAAGUUGAGUCUGAACAAGGAGAUCGAGAAUGUUGAGAAGGGAUGUCAAGUCGUCGAAUUUGACCAGAAGAUUCGAGCCAUCGUGAAAACCAUCAUUCAUCCUUGGCUGCGGGGCAUGCUUGAGGUCAAUGGUGAUGGCUACUCCUCGCUUGGCGAGGUCGUACUACAUCGUGUGCGCAACGUGCAGCGGUUGGUAGAUAACGUGCUUGCUAUGUGUAACACAGGCGUCCCCUUAAACUCCCUUCGUAUUGACUUCCACGCCGCAGUUGACCAGUACGAGAAAGCUUUCAACUUGAUGGAUCAUUUCCAACAGAUCGUCCGACUGCUACAUGACCUUGAGAAUCGCGGCUCGUAUCAAAACGAGCUCUGCAAGCAGGCGGAAAUGUGCCAGUUACUGCUUCAAGGUCCGCAAGUGGCGCCACACGAUCUCGCAUACCUGCAGUCAGGUUUCAAGACGCCGAAUGCAUUCCAGCCGAAGCGCGAUUCUGGCGUUGUUCCUGGCACGUAUCUUUCGAGCCAUCACGCUCUAAGCAAGAACUGGUAUGCAUCGGCUUUGGUGAACCUGCUGAAGCAAAAGGAUGUUCUUCCUUUUCGCCGUGAGUUCUACCACGGUCCGUCUAGAAACACGAACAAGAGGCGCCGAACUCCACCGGCUAUCCAAAUCAUCGUAAGCGACGAGGAGCGUGCUAAGUUUCCGAAACCGGACAUGAAGUAUUGGAGCCAUGCAGCAUAA